CUAGUUUAUUUUUCUUUCUAAACAUGGGUUUUCAACAGCAGCUCCACCUCCCCUCAUAAAAAUUGGCCGCACCCAAACAUAAAUAGAAACAAAAAGGUGGUGGUAGAUGCAUGAGCCACCGCAACACCACACCAACUUCAAACUCACAUAAACCGCACCCUUUCUCUUCACAUUCACCACCUUCCCCUUCUUAAGAUCUCAAACCCUUUUUCAGAUUUUACCUCCACGGUUUCUACCCUCUCCGAACCAGUCAACCACCACUUUUAUCUCUUUCAGGAGUGCAGUGAUAAAUGUCUGGGACGAUAAACUGAACCAUUGUGCACUGCUCUCAAAAUGGUGAGCUUACGGAGGCGUAGGCUCUUGGGACUCUGCUCUGGGAAGAAUUCUUUUCUGGUUCCACUUCCAAGAUUAUUUGACAAUGGAAGUUCUCUUAGAUAUUCAAGCCAAAAUGCAAGACCUGUCAGUGUGCAUCCCAUGCCAUCAGAUAGUCCUAACCUAUUUUGGAGAAAAAGCAUUGUGAAAGUAGGACCUGGGUCAUAUAUUUCUGGUUCUGGCUCGUCCCAUGCGCAGCAUAAUCAACCAUCCACAGAGCAACCAAUCAAACGGAGAAAGCAACAUAGGAGAAAGCAUGUUCACAACCAAGAAACAUGUCUGCUGAGAGGUGUAUACUUCAAAAAUAUGAAGUGGCAGGCAGCAAUAAAAGUGGACAAGAAACAGAUUCACUUAGGGACUGUUGGUUCACCAGAAGAAGCUGCGCACUUGUAUGACAGAGCUGCCUUCAUGUGUGGAAGGGAGCCUAACUUUGAGCUCCCAGAGGAGGAGAAGCAAGAACUAAGGGGACUCAAGUGGGAGGAAUUCCUGGCAUUUACUCGUCGUGCAAUCAAUAGUAAAAAGAACAAGAAAAGGAUAGGGAAGCAGUCUGAAUCCACCAUAGACUACAUCAAUUGGGACAGAAAGCAACAAGUCAAGAACUUCUUGGCAUUGGAAGAGACAGGGCCUGACUCCUCAGCCUAAUUUGCGUGGAUAAUUGUCUAGUAGCCUUAGGUGAUCAGCCUCCAUUUUUGGGUGUAUGAAGGCCCCUCCUAUUAGGGUAGGUAAUGAUAGAUUUCAUUAUUGUUCGGUGAGCAAAUAGCGACAUUAAUUCAUAACACAAUAAUCCAGCAAGUGUUAGAUGCAUCAUCUGCACCAGCCAACUAUGUUGUUAGGUAAAAUACAUGUAGUGCUUAUUUUGUUCGAAAAACAUGGAAACUUGGUCAGAAAGGAAAGAAAACCAUAAAUUUGUC